GAGUUGCGGAAAAGCGCUGAGCCGAGUGGAACUGAGCUAAGAAAAUUGCCUGUUCGCAGCCAGGAAAAGUUUGUCAAGUUGUUGGGAAAAAUUCGCGCGCGCGUUUCUACGUCGCAUGUCGCUGAUCGUUUGAGAAAACAAAAAUUUAUUACACAAAAAAAAAUAUAUAAAAAUUAAUUAUACUAAAAAAACAGCAUAAUUACAAAGCUCGUAAAUCAUUUAUUUAUAUAUAUAAUAUAUAUGUAUAUAUAUAGAGAGAGAGAGAACUCAGAACCCCCCGCGCUGCCUGCAACAGCUUGAUCUAAGCUUUGUUAUCGCGCGAUUUUUGUGUGUGAAACAACAACAAAUAUAUUGAAUAAAAGUAUAAAAGCAUUUAAAUAUGAAUAUAAACGAAAUGUUUUGAAAUACGCCUUAAGGUACUCGAUGAAAGGAAAAUAAACAUAAGAACAAAUUGGCGCGCAAUUGGCAAUUGCAUAUGCGCUGCGGCUGGCGUUGCGUUUUACAUAAAUUGCAUUUGAAUUUGCAUUUGCAAUUUGAAUUAAGGCAAGAACAAUAAACAAACCCAUUCAAAAUAAUAGACAAUCAACUAGCUGGCGUGCGGCUAAGCCAAAGCUAAGCUGAGCUGCGGAACAACGUGGCGUAUGCGUAAUCUGUAAUUUUACACAUCCUGCGGAAAUAAAGCGCUGUGACUUUUGAGUGUGCGCGCGCGUCUCUGUGUGCGUCUGUGUGUGUGUGAGUGUGUGUGGCACGUGGCGCGAAAGCAAUUAAUUAUUUUGCCAAAAAGGAAAAUCGGAAAAAUUGAAAUGAAAAGCGUGCACGUUGCGUGUAUUUUGAGUGCUGCCCGCUGAUGUACUUCUUCUCGUUGCCGUUGUUGUUGUUGUUGCGCCUUAAGAAGCAAACAAAUUGAAAUAAGAGGCCAAACAGACACCGGACAGACACACGUUGAGCCGUUGAGCAGCCGCACAAAGCAAUUGAAAAAUGCGAUUCAUAUCGACAACAAUAACAACAGAAAAGAGCAACAACUAGUAGACAACGACUCCGCCUCCAGCAGCACCUCAUCCACCAACAUCUCCGCCCGUUGCUGCUGCUGCUGCCACCGCUGCUGCUGCUGCUCCUCGGUCCGGCAACAUGUCAAGCAUAAUUAAUUUUCGAUUCUGCCUGGGCCGCCGCCAAUUUCAACCCGUCUCCAGCUCCGUUGCCGUCAACAUUGCCAUUGCCAUCGCCGCAGCCGCCGCCGCCGCCUCAGCCGCCGCCACCUCGUCUACGUUCCUGCAAUUGUGCUGAAAGUCAAGUCGAUUGCCUCCCGCCACCGCCGCGCCGCCAGCUGGAAGUCGAUUCAACGGCAAUAUUUCAAGAGCAGCAGAAACCCCACAACAACAACAACAACAACAACAACUGCUACCAGGAAUACAACGAAAAUCUUUUUCUAGUAAUAAAAACUGAUGCAUAUUUCUGUGAACUUGCGCCAACAAAUUGCGAAAAUGUGUUGCAAAUCUAACGCCAUGUGGAAAUGUUGUACGUCUUCAAUUGGCCAGCAACAACUGCAACAACAACAAGCAAAGAGCCACAGAAUUAACAACAAGAGCCAACAACAUAUUCUAGGCAGAAUUCGUAUCCUCGUCUUUAUUGUUAUGUUAGUCCUGAUUCAAAUGGAAUCUGUGGCAGCUGGACUUCGAGAAGGCCUUUCAGGUGAUAUGGAAUCCUGCGCCAAUGAAGGUGAAGAGGUGCAAAUCAAAGGCAUACAAAACUCCAAAUGCUUCAAGUGCACAUGCCAGAAUGGCUUUGUGAAAUGUGACAAGAGCUGCCCGUCAAUUGAUGAUUGCUUUUUGAUCGACUCCAAUUCGAAUGACACCUGCUGUCGCAAGUGCAAAGGCUGCAUGUAUCGCGGCGUGCCCUAUGCGAGCGGCGCUGAGUGGAGCGAUCCGGAUGAACCCUGCAAGACGUACAAGUGCAUCGCCAGUGUUGUCACCGAAACAACACAGAUUUGUUAUUCACAGUGCGACGAUAAUCAGCUGACAGCGCCACGCCCCGGCGAAUGCUGUCCCACAUGUCAGGGUUGCAAGAUCAAUGGCCAGACCGUUGCCGAAGGCCAAGAGGUUGUCGCCUCGAUCGAUGAUCGCUGCUUGGUCUGCCAGUGCAGCAGCGGCAACAAGCUGAGCUGCGCCAAGAAGACCUGCCCCACGCUGCAGUGCCCCAAAUCGAAGCAGAAGCAGCUGCCCAACGAAUGCUGCCCACGCUGCACGGUCCAGCGCGAGUUUCGCGCGGUCAAAGGCAAGUGUAUAUUCAACAACAAUCUGUACUAUGACAAGACACAAUUUACGCCGGAUAGGUGCACCAAUUGCACCUGCCUGAAUGGCACCUCGAUUUGCCAGCGCGCCACUUGCCCCAUACUGGAGUGUGCGCCCGAGUUUCAGGAGGACGAUGGCUGCUGUCCUCGCUGCAUUGUGGCCGAGGUGCGCAGCGAGUGCUCCCAUCAGGGUGUUACCUACAUGAACAACGAGACCUGGAAUAUGGAUCCAUGCCGCAGCUGUCGCUGCAUUGCCGGCAACAUACGCUGCUCCGAGAUGCGCUGCCAGCCGGUCAAGUGUCGACCCAACGAGGAGCUGAAGCGACCGCCCGGCGAAUGCUGUCCCAAGUGCCUGGAAACUGCCGGCACUUGCACAGUCUUCGGUGAUCCUCACUUCAAGACCUUCGAUGGCAAAUUCUUCAGCUUCCAAGGCAGUUGCAAGUAUUUGCUGGCUGCUGAUUGCUAUGGUCACAACUUCUCCAUACGCCUUACCAACGAUGGGCGUGGCACGCGGCACUCAUCCUGGCCGAAAACGGUCACACUUAAGCUGCGCGGGUUGCGCAUCAAUCUCGGCCAGAAGCUGCGGGUUAAAAUCAACGGCACGCGCGUCAUGUUGCCUUAUGCGGACCACAGCAGCGGCAGCAGCAGCAAUGGACAUGGUCAUAAUGUGAGUAUUGAGCGUCUGGCGGAGGGCGGCAUCAUGCUGAGGACCGAGCUGGGGCUGGGCAUCGAGUGGGAUGGCAACAACUUUCUGCAGGUGUCGGUGCCGGCGCAGUACAAGGGUCAUUUGUGCGGACUGUGCGGCAAUUACAAUGGCAGCGGACGGGACGAUCUGACGGGCAGGGAUGGCCGGCCGCAUAGCGACAACGAGGUGUGGCACUUUGCCAACUCGUGGAAGGUGGGCGGACCCAAGUCGUGCUCGCGAGUGAGGGAGAAUGUUGUGGCGCCGCCGACGUGCAACAAGCGUAAGCCCAACUUCUACUGCCGGCCACUGCGCGUCUCGGAAGUAUUUGGUAACUGUGAUAGUAGACUUAAUCCCAACAACUACAUCGCCUCCUGCCGCAUGGACGUCUGCGAGUGCCCCACGGGCAGCUGCCACUGCGACAGCUUUGCGGCGUAUGCCCACGAGUGCCGUCGCCUCGGCGUUCAGCUGCCCGAUUGGCGUGCCGCCACCAAUUGCCCAACAACCAGCUGGCGUCGCAAUGCCACCGAGCUCAGCUAUGUGGGCAACAGCUUGUACGGAGAUCCUAGUUUUCUCAAUGGAGGCGGUGGCGGCACAUCUAAGGCGCGACGCCGCAAGCAGCAUCAGCAGCAUCAGCUGCAAUUGCAGCGACGCCAGCAGAAUGAGCUGCAGGAAAAUGAAUACAUCAAAAAACAUGUACCCAAUAAAUUUUUAAGGCCGCGUGCGCCGGAUCGCACGCCGCCACCAAUACACUAAGCACUGAGCAUGGAUUUAAUUAUAAUUUAGUUGCUACUCAUACACACACGCACGCACCUAUACACACACACACACAUACACUCUCUCAUACAGGCUAAUGCAAAUACAUUGCUUACUUUAAGCGCCAAUGACACUGGCUGAACUUAUGCGCAUUGCAUUGCAUUUAAUCUAAAUAGUAAAAGCUUUAACAGCUCUUGAAAGCUUUCAACUAGCUUUAAGUGCUUUUUAUAAAAUCUUAAAGUUCGCUGAGCGCUUUUGCUUAACGCCAGCUAAAUAUGUCUUCAAAUUGAAAACAGUUUCAGUUGCAGGAUUAAUUUCAACUAGUGUCAUUGGGCCUUGCGGUAGGCAUAGUAGCAAAAAAAAAAAAGUUCCAGAUACGAAAUUUGAUUGUAUGUA